AUGGCGCUCGCGACGGCGACGACGGCGACGACGGCGACGAGGGCGUCGCGCGGCGUCGCGCGCGGACCAGGGUGGCGCGGCGCGCGCGCGAGGGGUGCGCGCGCGGGCGACGGAUGGAUGGGUGGUGACGCCGGGACGCGAUCGGCGACGACGACGCGAGCGACGGUGCGUAUUCUGGGCGACGCCGCGAGCGCGGUGGACGUGCGAGAGGCGUACGCGUUCGGCGUCGAGCUCGGACGGGGGCAGUUCGGUGAGGUGCGAGAGGUGGUGGAUACGUCGACGGGACGGGCGUUGGCGUGUAAAUCCAUCAGCAAACGCGGAUUGAAGAGCGAGAGCUCGAGGGAGAUGGUGCGGAAUGAAGUGCGAAUCAUGCAUCACUUGGCGGGGGAUUCGAAGGUUGUUGAGCUCGUGUCGGUGCACGAGGACGCGACGCACGUGCAUCUGAUCAUGGAGAAGUUGGACGGCCCGGAGUGGUUCGACGCAAUCACCGAGCAGUUCGACGAGGCGCCGUACUCCGAAGCCGAGGCAGCGGCGCAGUUUCGAAACGUGGCGCGCACGGUGGAGUACUUGCAUGCGAUGGACGUCAUGCAUCGCGAUCUCAAGCCGGAGAACUUUGUGUUGAAGUCAAAGGAAAAGGAUUCGCCGAUAUGCGCCAUCGAUUUCGGUUUGUCCACAUUUUUCCUGCCCGACCAAGAGUUCACGGAGCUAGUUGGGUCACCGUAUUACGUCGCCCCAGAGGUCAUGGGGUACAAGUAUUCCAACGAAGCUGACGUGUGGUCGUGCGGGGUCAUCCUAUACAUCCUCCUCUCUGGCGUGCCGCCGUUCUGGGGAUCGAGCGAGAAGCAAAUCUUCGACGAGAUUAAGCGAUAUAAAACUGGCGCCACGUCCCUGGAUUUCGCGAGCGAACCGUGGCCGUCAGUGAGUGAUGCGGCAAAGGAACUCGUCCAAGGCAUGCUCACAGUGAAUCGGAAGGACCGAAUGACGAUCGAGGACGUGCUCUCGCACCCUUGGCUUGCAGAUCCGGGCGUCGCCCCGAAAACGGCGCUCGAUAACAUCGUCCUGCAGCGCUUUAAAAACUUUGCCGGCAUGGAUAAGUUCAAGAGAUUCGGAUUGCACGCAAUGGCGCGUUCGAUGCCCGAAGAAGAAGUGAUCGGGCUUGGCGUCAUGUUCAAGGAACUCGACAAGGACAAGUCAGGGAAGAUUACCAUAGUUGAACUGCGACAAGGAUUGAAGCUCCAAUCCGCCGAAGCCGCGGCGCAGCUCGAAGAAGUCGUCGCUUCGGUCGAUCUCGACGGAAGUGGCGACCUGGAUUACGAAGAGUUCAUCGUCGCCACUAUUGCGCGAUCCAAGCGCGAGUCCAGGGCCGCGGUUCAGCGCGCAUUUGACUUUUUCGACAUCGACGGGGACGGCUCCAUCACCGCCGACGAAUUCCAACGCGCGCUCGAAUCCUUGUCCCCUGUCGAGCGUACCAAUCUCGGCGACGUCAACGAGCUCCUCGCCGCCGCCGAUACCAAUGGCGACGGCGUCAUCGACUUCGACGAGUUCAUGGCUGCCAUGUCUUCCGACACCGACGCGCGUUGA